CUUCUCCUCUGGCUUCAAGAUGAUGCUAAGGAGAAUUUUGAGCGUCUUCACUUUUGUUGUCAGUACCUUACACGCUGCUGAGAUCUGCUUUGACGAGCUGGGCUGCUUCAGUGACCAUCCACCUUGGGGAGGCACGGCUCAGAGACCUGUGGCUGCUGUACCAUGGCAACCUGAGGAGAUCGGUACCCAAUUCCUCCUAUUCACUCAGAUGAACCAGUACUACCAGGAGAUCAAGCCUGAUGAAACCAUUGAAGCAUCUAACUAUGGUGGGAAGAGAAAGACUCGCUUUGUCAUUCCUGGGUAUUUGCUCAAACAAAGUGAAGACUGGCCACAGAGCAUGUGUAAGGUUCUGGUGCAGAGAGAGAAUGUGAACUGCAUUGCUGUCGAGUGGAAGAAAGGAGUGAAGACUCGCUACGCUCAGGCUGCCAAUAACGCCAGGGUGGUCGCUGCCCAAGUGGCAUCCAUGAUCACAUUCCUCAUGGGCCACUACGAACAGACCGCUGAUAAGUUUCACAUUAUCGGGCACAGCCUGGGAGCUCACAUUGCAGGAGAGGCUGGGAACAGGAUCCCUGGUCUGGCAAGAAUCUCAGGUCUGGACCCAGCUGAACCAUACUUUGAAGGCACUGAUGCCUCUGUGCGUCUGGACACCAGUGAUGCAACAUUUGUUGAUGUCAUCCACACAGAUGGACUUCCUUUCAACUCCAAACUCGGUCUGGGGAUGACAGAGUCUGUGGGUCACAUUGACUUUUAUCCAAACGGAGGAGAACUGAUGCCCGGCUGCUCUGCCAACAAUGGACGUCCAACUGAUCUUGACUCCAUCUGGGAGGGAACCACAAAAUUUGAUGGAUGCAACCAUGCCAGAGCCUACGAGUACUACACUGAAAGCAUCAGUAAAGCUCAGGGCUUUGUUGGAUUCCCUUGCUCUAACAAAGACAGUUUCUCUGCGGGAAAGUGUUUCCCAUGUGCUGAGAGCCUAUGUCCUCUGAUGGGUCACUCUGCUGACAAGCACACUUUGAGUGAUGAGGUUUCAAAAACAAAGUACUUCCUCAACACCGGCAGGUCAAAGCCAUUUGCACGCUACAGCUACAAAGUGAAUGUGAUGCUGGAUGGUCCCAGCUGGCCCAACCUUGGCUUCAUGUUCGUGGCUCUAGCUGGGAAAAAAUACACCACCAAAGAGUUUCAGCUGCACGGGGGUACCCUGAUUUCUGGAAAAGUGUAUGAUCUGCUGAUAGAUGCUGAGGUGGAUGUGGGUGAGGUGAAGGAGGUAAAGUUUCGAUGGAACAACCACAUCGUCAAUCCACUGAAACCCAGAUACGGUGCAUCCAAGAUAGAGCUGCAGAGAGGAAAAGACAAGCAGAUCAUUACCUUCUGUGGACAAGGAAAUGUGGCCGAGAAUGACAUCCAAUCUGUGCUCCCAUGUCAGGUUUAAACAGCCAGAGUCGA